ACGAAUGCGGAAGUCGCUUUACAGGCGCAGCCUUCCAUGGCUAAAAACCACAACAACAACAACACAACACAGCACUAUGGGCAAAGUGUCAGUUUUUAAAGGUUUUCUCUGAUAGACAAUGACUUCAGAGGAUAGAACAAGGUUCUACCGGGCUCCGGGUUGUCUGUGUGUCCUCUGCGGUCUUCCUGCUUCAGGAAAAUCUACUUUGACCCGCACGGUCCUCAGUAGAGCAGCUCAGCACGGAUGGAGAGCAACCGUGGUUCCCUACGAUGAACUGAUCCCCCGGAAUGCUUUUAAGACCAAGGCCGUGCAGGACAACGAGGAGAUGCCACAGAUGCACACUGACUGGAAGUUACACAGACAUGCAGUGCUGCAGUGCAUUGAUCAGUUCCUGAAGACAAGAGAGGAGGUGGUGACAGAACCUGCGAGCAGCUGCCACAUCAACACGGAGGCAUGGGAACGAUGUGUCCGUGGUCUGAUGCAGUCUGGAUACUUGGACCAUGCUCUAUCAGACCAAUCACCCAUGCUUUUCCUUUUGGAUGACAAUUUCUAUUAUCCAAGCAUGAGAUAUGAAGUGUACCAAUUAGCAAGAAAAUAUUCCCUUGGGUUUUGUCAGGUGUACCUACACUGUGAUUUGAAGACUUGUAUAGGCAGAAACCAGAAUAGGGCUGAACCUGUUCCCACUGAGGUUAUACUGGACAUGGAGAAGCGUUUGGAGUUCCCAAACCCACAGAAGAACUUGUGGGAAAAACAAAGUCUUUCCCUUGACACUACAGACAAAUUAACCUCAUCUGACAUCCAGAAGAUGAUCCAGUUAAUAUCCUCUUCACUAAAAAACCCACUGAGCCCAAUAGAAGACAGCAGUGAACAAAGGGAAGCUGACCGCUUAAAAUGUGCCACCAGUGUGGUUCACCAAGCUGACCAGGCCUGUCGACGUCUGAUCUCAGAAGCUAUGAAGACAGCCAGAGAAAAUCAUGUGUCACCCGAGCGCAUGAGGUUCCUGGCUGCUCAAUUAGGUGAAUCCAAGGCCGUAUUUCUACGCAACCUGCGAGAAAAUGUUCUACAGGAAAUGGAGCUUACACAAGGAGAAGACAUCGACGUGGAGCGUGUGGUGAAAAGAGCUGUAGAUGUUUUUGAUCGUAGCAGGAAGGAACUCUUGGAGACAAUCGUAUGUCCUAAAUAUGUUUAAACCAACCAAAUGUCACUUUGUCACAUCAUGAGUAGAUUUUAUACAAAUCUUUUCAAAUUAUUUGUAAAAUAAUGGUAUUGUAUUCACUUGUGUGUAAAAUUUAAAUGUAAUAAGGUUAAUGCUUAUAAAUAAAAAUGUAAUUUUUAUUAACAAGUGAGUUACAUUUUUGAUUUGUACAGAAAAUUUUUUUUGAUACCACAAGGUCCACUUAGUUUGAAAAUAACACAAAGCUGUUCAAGUCCAUACAAUUAAACUGGGAAACACCUUAAUUAAUGUAAAUACAUUCAAAAUUAUAAUGGGUGUUGGAACUGAGGUGAAAUAAUGUUAAACAGGUAAUGCUACUGUCAAUGGUGUCUAUACAGAUAGAGAAGGUGUUUAUGUUAUUAUUUUAUCAUGUUGAUAGAGUUUUCAACUUUGGGGCUAGAGUUAAAAGGUAAGUUAAAGGUAAGUGGGCUUCAUUACUUUUUCAGCUAAAUUGACCAUAAUUUGCAUUGGAAUAUCAUUUUUGACCUACAAAAGGCCAUUUAAUAGAGAUAAAAGUGGAUCAACCACUUUUUAUGUAUUUCAACUAUCAAAAGAGUUGUAUCUCAAGAUUCAAACUAUUUAUAUAAAAACAACCUAUGACAUAGUUAAUGUACAACAUCAGUCACCGAAUUUAACAGUUUACAGUGUUUAACCAACACACAUUCUUCAGGAAUAAAUAUUAUCCUAAAACAGCUGAUAAAUACAGAAUGGUUUUUCAUGGAUGAAAACAACAUAUCUGGCCUAUACUGUAUAUGACUGGCUGAUUGUACCCCAGCAUUCAUUGAAUACGUUUUAAAUAAACAAAACAACAUCUGUCAAAAUUGUAAGACGCUACAAACUGAGUUAACUUUGGAACAAAAGUUGCUAAAAGCUAAAUGUGUCAAACAUAUGUUUUAGUUUAGUAGUUUAGUUUAGUAAGUGGUUUUUAAUAGGUUUACAUAGCUGCCUUUUGUGAUAUAAAUGCUACCCUGGUAACAGUGAAA